AUGGAUUUUGAGAGCGACUCCGAAAAUGAUAGCGACUACGACUCUUUUGCAACAUAUGUAUCCGAAGAUGAAAAUAUUUCAGACUCAGACGAUUACGAAGCACCAUUUACAAUCAAUGCAAAUGCAACCGGAAAUUUGGAAGAAUAUUACGAUAUCGGUUCCCCUCUUAUCGAAUGUCGUUAUUGUAAAGCAAAAAUGUGGUAUCAAGAGAGGAUGCACAAAAGCUCCCAUUCUGCUAAACCAAAGUUCAUGAUGUGCUGUGGGAACGGAAAAGUGGAACUCCCAAUGCUAAGACAGCCGCCGGAUCAACUUGCAAAACUUUUGUUUGAUCACGACAAUUUAGUUAGCAGGAAGUUUCAACAACAUAUCCGACUAUACAAUAUGAUGUUUGCAUUCACUUCACCGGGAGCAAAGGUGGACAAUCGUUUUAACAAUGGGCGUGGGCCUCCUACACUACGGAUACAAGGUCAAACGUGUUAUCGAAUUGGAAGUUUGUUGCCUCCUCAAGGUGAAAAACCAAAGUUUGAUCAGUUAUAUAUUUAUGACACGGAAAAUGAGGUAGAAAACCGAAUGCAUUAUCUACGGAACAAAGAGAUCAUUGAUCCAAUGGUUGUAAAUGAGUUGUCCCGGAUGCUGUAUGAAGUAAAUGUUGAUGCUAAGAGCUUUCAAAUGGCGAGACAAUGGUUGAAUAAUGGAGAAACUCCAAACCUUAAGCUACGACUCAUUUCUAACCGAUCCACCGAUGGGAGAGUGUAUAAUCAACCUACUGUGUCUGAAGUUGCAGCCUUGGUUGUUGGUGAUAUUCACACAGCAGAAAUGGGGGAUAUCAUCAUGCAAAAGAGAGGAGGAGGACUUCAAAGAAUCAACGAACUACAUGCUGCUUACAUGGCUUACCAAUAUCCUUUGAUUUUUCUGUAUGGUGAGGACAAUUAUAGACCCGAUGUAGCUCAUAGGGACCUGCCUCUCAAAGAAAACAACAUAAGAAAUAGGCUCACAAUUCGUGAAUGGCUAGCCUUUCGCAUUCAAACCAGGCUGAAAGAAACUAAGACUUUGUUAUCUUCUAGAAGGUUGUUCCAACAAUUUCUGGUUGAUGGUUACACAAUGUUAGAGUCCGAGAAACUAGAAUGCCUACGCGAAAAUCAACCAAAGCUUUGGGUGUCCAAGUACAACUCUUUAAAUGAACAUGGCGACCAAAGUCAAGCUCCAGGUUUAAGCAUAGGUAAACGAGUUGUGUUGCCUUCUUCCUUUGUCGGCGGUCGUAGGUUUAUGGAUCAAUUGUACUAUGAUGGAAUGGCUAUAUGCAGUAAAGUUGGAUUUCCUGAUUUGUUUAUUACGUUUACCUGUAACCCAAAUUGGCCUGAGAUUCAAAGAGUGCUUGGACCUCUAAAUUUGAAGCCUCAAGAUCGACCAGAUAUCAUUUCAAGAAUUUUCAAAAUCAAGUUUGAUCAAUUGCUUUCAGAUUUAACCAAAAAAGGUGUUCUUGGCAAAGUGCUUGCUUAUAUGUACACCAUUGAGUUUCAAAAGAGAGGAUUGCCUCAUGCUCAUAUAUUGAUCUUCUUGCAUCCUUCAAAUAAAUAUCCAAGAUCCGAAGACAUUUACAAGAUCAUUAGUGUUGAAGUUCCCAAUCCCGAAACACACCCUAGGCUGUAUAAUUUGGUGAAAUCUCACAUGGUCCAUGGUCCUUGUGGUUUGGUAAAUGUCAACUCACCUUGCAUGAAAGAUAGGAAGUGCACCAAGUUUUACCCUAAGAAAUUUCAACCUACCACUAUAGUGGACCAAUAUGGCUAUCCGGUUUAUAGGAGAAGAAACAACGGACACACCAUUGAAAAAAAUGGCAUCAUAUUUCAUAGUGGUCAUGUAGUUCCUCACAAUCCAAGUUUGUUGUUGAAGUAUGAAGCCCACAUCAACAUGUGUUGA